CGACAGAUUCUCAAAACGACAUGACCCGACGUGCGACUCAGAAUCUCACCAUCGCGAAAAUCCAUCACGACAUCUGCCGCUAUGCCAAACGGAACCGGUCCGCCCCACAUCGGGCCAUGACGUCUCUGCAUCACAGGCUCGACGUGUGGGGCCAGGGUCGAUACCGGUUGGAUGACAUCGGGCUGGAUACCAAUCAUGAAGAACUCUGUGUGUUGGGCUACGUGCAGGAUUUGACGGACCGACAGACAUAAAUAAGAAGGGGGAAUUCCGAAUGUUUGGAAGCGACGGCACAUCUUCAUCCCAGCCAUCCCACGUGGCAGACAAACUCAGACAACAUGUCGGCGGCCAAUGACAAGAGGAUCGAGAAUAGCAACGCCCUGGAGCUUGCCGGGGGGUCAGACGAGCAGACCAGGCCUGCCUCUCGCCUCACGAGGUGGUACCGCAGCCCCCUAUUCAACGUCAUUCUCGUCGGACUCAUCUCCUUCACCCAACCAGGCAUCUGGAACGCCCUGAACAACACCGGCGCGGGCGGUCAGCAAGAGCCGUACCUGGUAAAUGGGUCGAAUUCCCUGACUUUUGGGAUCAUGGUGUUUGGCUGCACCAUCUUUGGAAUAGUGGCCAACAGGAUAGGCGUCAAGAAGGUCUUGAUCAUCGGCACGCUUGGAUAUGCCCCGUACUCGGCAUCCUUGUAUGUCAACAACCGCUACGGCACCGAGUGGUUCGUCCUCUUUGGCGGAGCGACCUGCGGCAUUGCCGCCUCUGCUUUGUGGGCGUCCGAAGGUGCCAUCGCGCUGGGAUACGGGGAUGUCAAGGACCGUGGCAAGUUCACCGGCAUCUGGCUCGGUCUCCGCGAGCUCGGCCAGCUCAUUGGGUCCUCCAUUCAACUCUCCCUGAACGUCAGUACCAGCAGCCGAGGCAAGGUCGGCUACACUACGUACUUGGUCCUCAUUGCGCUGCAAUGUCUGGGGCUUCCGCUCGCCCUCCUCGUCUCGCCGCCGGAAAAGGUCAUCCACAGCGACGGCCGGCGUGGCCGUGUCGUGGCCAAGGAUACUACCAUCAAAGCUGAGCUGAGCAAGACAUGGAAGCUGAUAAAGAGGAAGCAAAUGUUCUUGCUCAUCCCUAUCCUGGUUGGCUUCAACUUUAACGGUACCUACCUAGGCAUUUACAUGACCAAGUACUUCUCGGUCCGGGCUCGAACCCUCGGAUCGCUUGUUUCAGGCAUCGCUGCCACCUUUGCUAAUAUAUUCUGGGGCUGGUUCUACGACCUCAAGUACUUCAGCCGCCCAACUCUGGCCAAAAUCUGCUGGCUUUUUUUCGUUAUCACCAUGCUGGCAUCUUUUGGCUGGCAGGUAUCCAAUGAGAAACUUUACGGCGACUCCAACCCUAGAGUCACGCUUGACUGGGAGAACCCGGGCUUUGGUCGGGGUUUCGCGUCUAUGGUGUUCUUGCGGUUCCUGAACGAGUCGCACUACAUGUUCGUUUACUGGAUCGUGGGCGCCUUCUUCGACGACAUCGAAACCCUGACACUGGCCGUCAGUCUCGUGCGAACCUUCGAGUCCGUGGGCUCCAGCGUCUCAUUUGGCAUCGGCGCGGCUGCCGUGUCGCCAAUGAUCAACCUGAUCAUCUCGUUUGUCAUGUUCGGCCUCACCAUUCCCGCCACAUCGGCGGUAGUGUUCAUGGUUCCUGAGCGUCCGGUCGAUCUGCGGAAGGAUGUUGAUGGAUCGUCGUCUGGGGAGGAAUCUGAGGUUGCUGAUGGGAGCGGGGUGUUUGCGAAGGCGGCAGAGUCAUCGGGCCCUUUGAAGGGUUGAAAAUUGUUGAAGUUCGUCAACAAUGGGAGAGCGAAGAUGGCAACCUCCACCAUCUUACUUAUGCCGCCGUUCUGAUGUCAUGUCAGAGAAACCCGGAUUUAGGUAAUCGAGGUGAGGUAGUCUAGUACCUCAAUUAGACGUCAUUGCCAUGGACCUUUC